CUAGGCAUGCAGACUGCUUCUACAAACAUUUGUGAAAGAAUGGGUAGCUCUCAGGAACUAAGUGAACUCAGGCGUGGUACCGUGAUGGGUUGCCAGCUGUGCAGUAAGUCUAUCCAUGAAAUUUUCUUGCUGAUAAAUAUUCCAUAGUCAACCGUUAGUGGUAUUAUAACAAAAUGGAAAAAAUUUGGUGUAAAGCACACCACCACUGGACUCUAGAGCAGUGGAGAUGUGGUCUCUGGAGUAACAAAUCACGCUUCUCUGGCAAUCUGAUGGACAUGUCUGGGUUUGGCGGUUGCCAGGAGAACGGUACUUGCCUGACUACAUUGUGCCAAGUGUAA